CAUAUGUUUUCUUCUACUAUUUUUUAGAAAUUUUAGAUUCGAAUUUGUGAGAUUGAGAAUCCAACCCCAAAUCUCCAAGGCGCAUGAUCAGAUUGUUUUGUUACAGAACUCUGCCUUGUAUAAAUUUCUUAACACAUUGCAGAAAAUCCAACGCUUGGAUAUGCUUCUCACAACGUUAUUUCUCAGCCCAAGUGGCCCAUUUGACCCAGCAAUGCACGACUUGUAUGGAGCUUCCAAGCUCAGAGUUCAACUCUCACGCAUACGCCACUAUGCUUCAAGAUUGUGUCCAAAACGGUGACCCAACUUCAGGGAAGGCUCUCCACUCUGAGAUUCUGAAAAGAGGUGGCUGUUUAGACUUGUUCGGAUACAACAUUCUUCUCAACAUGUAUGUGAAAUCCGAGUUGUUGUGUGAUGCUAUUAAACUGUUCGACGAAAUGCCUGAGAGAAACACGAUCUCAUUUGUUACGUUAAUUCAGGGAUACGCGCAGUCCUUGCGAUUCGUUGAGGGUGUGGAGUUGUUUGCCAGGUUACAUAGAGAGGGUCACGAGCUUAACCCUUUUGUUUUUUCUGCUAUUUUGAAGUUGCUUGCGAGUAUGGGAUGGGGUGAGCUAGGUUGGACACUUCAUGCUUGUGUUUGUAAGCUUGGUCAUGACUCUAAUGCAUUUGUUGGGACUGCUCUUAUUGAUGCUUAUUCUGUUUGUGGGCAAGUUGAUAAUGCUAGUGAAAUUUUUGAUGGGAUUGUUUGUAAGGAUAUGGUUUCUUGGACCGGGAUGGUAGCUUGUUAUUCUGAGAAUGGUUGUUUUGAAGAGGCAUUAGGAGCCUUUUCUCAAAUGAGGAUAAUUGGGUUCAAGCCAAAUAAUUUUACUUUAGCUGGUGUGCUCAAGGCCUGUCUUGGACUGGAGGCUUUUAGUGCGGCAAAGGGUGUUCAUGGGUGUGCAUUGAAAACUCGCUAUGAACAGGAUCUUUAUGUGGGUGUUGCAUUACUUGAACUGUACACGAAGUCUGGAGACAUUGAUGAUGCUCAGCAGGCAUUUGAGGAGAUCCCUAAGAAAGACGUGAUUCCUUGGAGUUUCAUGAUUGCACGUUAUGCUCAAAGUGAUCGGUGUGAAGAAGCUGUGGAAUUGUUUUGUCAAAUGAGGCAAGCUUUUGUUGUACCUAAUCAGUUUACAUUUGCUAGUCUUCUGCAAGCUUGUGCAACUAUGAAAGGUUUAGAUUUGGGGAAGCAAAUCCAUUCUCAUGUACUCAAAGUUGGUCUCAACUCAGAUGUGUUUGUUUACAAUGCCCUCAUGGAUGUCUAUGCUAAGUGUUUGAGGAUGGAGGACUCUAUGGAUCUAUUUUUGGAAUCGCCAAACAGAAAUGAUGUUACUUGGAACACUAUGAUUGUUGGCUACGUGCAGUCAGGUGAUGGGGAGAAGGCACUCAAGUUAUUUUUAGAUAUGCUUGAAUACCAAGUGUGUGCGACAGAAGUGACAUACUCUAGUGUACUUCGAGCUUGUGCUAGUCUGGCAGCCAUGGAUCUGGGAGUCCAGAUCCAUUCCUUGACAGUCAAAACCAUUUAUAACAAGAAUAUUGUUGUUGGUAAUGCUUUAAUAGAUAUGUAUGCUAAGUGUGGGAGCAUUAAGGAUGCCCGUACUAUAUUUGACACAUUGAAUGAACGAGAUGAAGUUUCAUGGAACGCUAUGAUCUCAGGAUAUUCUAUGCAUGGUUUGGGUAGGGAGGCUCUAAAUUUUUUUGAAAUGAUGCAGGAUAUGAAGUGUAAACCAAACAAGUUAACUUUUGUUGGCGUUCUGUCAGCUUGUAGCAAUGCUGGGCUGCUAGAUCAAGGACAAGCUUAUUUUAAUUCUAUGGUGCAGGAUUAUGGCAUCGAACCAUGUAUAGAGCACUAUACUUGUUUGGUCUGGCUUCUAGGGAGAUCAGGACAUCUUGAUAAGGCUUUCAAGUUGAUUAAGGAAAUCCCAUUUGAGCCUAGUGUUAUGGUUUGGCGUGCUUUGCUUGGGGCUUGUGUUAUCCAUAAUGAUGUUGAGCUUGGUAGAAUUUCUGCACAGCGUGUCUUUGAAAUGGAACCCCAAGAUGAAGCAACCCAUGUGUUAUUGUCAAAUAUAUAUGCCACUGCAAGGAGGUGGGGAAAUGUUGCCUCAGUUAGGAAAAACAUGAAGAGGAGAGGGGUAAAGAAGGAACCAGGUCUCAGUUGGAUUGAGAACCAGGGAAUAGUUCAUUAUUUCACUGUUGGAGAUACUUCACAUCCUGAAAUGAAACUAAUUAAUGGGAUGCUGGAAUCUUUGAAAAUGAAAACUAGGAAGGCAGGAUAUGUUCCUAACCAUAAUGCAGUUUUGGUUGAUGUGGAUGAUGAUGAAAAGGAGCAUCUCUUAUGGGUACAUAGUGAAAGAUUAGCUCUUGCUUAUGGGCUAAUAAAAAUGCCAUCCGGGAGCCCUAUUCGUAUCAUUAAAAACCUCCGAAUAUGUGUGGAUUGUCAUGCUGCAAUGAAGUUAAUAUCAAAGGUUGUGCAGCGAGAUAUAAUUAUCAGAGACAUGAAUCGGUUCCAUCAUUUUAAGGAUGGGGUUUGCUGUUGUGGUGAUUAUUGGUGAGUGUAGGUCUUUAACAAGAUCUACCUUUCUUGAAAGACCGAGGUUUGUAUUUCUUCAUGGAGGUUCAUAAUUACAGAGGUUCAUUGGUAAGAAGCAGGCAAGAACUUGCUGUCUUCUAGGAAACACUAGAGAAGCAAAAGAGCCAAAAAGGGGAAAAAUAGCAGUCUCUUAAUAAUGCAAAGAACUGUGAUGUCCAAUGUGAAGAAUGGGUCAUGAUUUUGUCUAACAAGAUGUACUAGACAAGGUGUGAAGGUUGCCGAUAAAUGACUACUGUGGAAAUUCUAUACUUUGAAUGUAAAAAUCAUAGCUAUAGAAAAUGGGGUUAAUACUUUGCUAGCAGUCUAUAAAUAUACUGCAUGGAGAUUGGUGAGAUCAGCUGCAGAAGCAGAAAUAAUAUUCUCAACGGUAGCUCUGGGUAAAACUUACAACUGGCCAUUGUGAUGACUUAUCUUUGUGUGUUUGACCUUUGCAACUGAAAAUUUCUUGCAUAAGUUCCUUUACCAGAUUAGAAUUUUCGGGUGUGAUUGAGCUUCCUUUGAAUUUAAAGAUCCUGGUGAUUGAUUGAAGUCACAUAGAAAAUCUUGCUAUAAUCUCUUCUACAAAUGGUUAUCUGAUUGAAUAAGAAUGAAUGCUGCAUUUGGUUGUCUUGGCACUUUCCCUUAAAGUAAACAUAUACUCCCCUGUUGCUGUAACUAUCCCAAAAAAAAAAAUCCGCAAUGGAAAUUUUGUGGCUAUAGAACUGAUAGUACAGGUCUAGUUUUGAGCUACCAUGGAGUGACUGCAUUGGAGAGGGGGUGGUAAGUCUUAUUGCACACAGUUUGUUGCAUCCUGUCGUACACACUCCCUUGAAAUCAUGUUUUCAGCCUGCGUGGCAGUGUGUACGAGCUGUGUGCAAUAAGUGAUGCGCAACUUUCACUACCUGAGAAAAAAGGGGGGGUGGUCAGCUGUUUUCUUUUCCUUUUUAUAUACUUGAAAGCAGCUAUUUGAAGAACAAGAGGACAUGGGGUGAGGCUUAAAUAUGCAGUUACCAAGGUGUAAGGCUUAGUUGGGUCAACUAUCCAUAUGCAAGUAACACAAUUUUGAAGGGAUUCUAUCACCCUUUACAGAUUCA